AUGCCGAAGGUACAUAGUCUAUACAUUGUCUCUUGUCUCUUGUCUCUUGUUUUGCCUAUUAGUCAUAUCUGCGGCACCCCAAACUACUUGGCUCCAGAGAUUUUCUUCCUCCAUGGGCAUUCAUUUGCGUCGGAUUACUGGGCUGCAGGAGUAACGCUCUACUUCAUGCUGGUCGGACGGCCUCCAUUUCAGCCUGACCGUCCCGUCGACCGUCCUCGGGAGGGCAUGCCAACUGAAGCGCCAUCGCCUGUUGCCAAGACGACCAACAGUUCUACCGCCGCAAUCACAUUAGGCAGACCGAUCGAGUCGCCUACGUCGUGCACAUUGUCUGCCCAGACGAGAAUGGCUUCAAAUGAGGCUCUGGGGGCGGAGAACAGUCGCCAGUCUGUACUCCAGUCUAUCUACCGACAGGUUGUGAUCGGAAGCUACCAGUUCCCCAGGGAGGUGGGGCAGCCAGCGCGGAAGAUAAUCAGCUGUCUGUUGCAGCGUAAACCGUCGCAACGGCCCGACGCUAAAAAGAUCCUAGAGAUGGAGUUUUGUCGAGGACAUCAGAGGUGA